CGGCCAUGGCAAAGAAAGAACGCAUAGCGCAAAAGGCAGCAGCAGACGUGGAAAAAAAGACCAAACAGUCUGCUCAGAAGGAAGCGGAAGAGGCAGCGAAAUGGAGUGACGGAGCCAAAGACAGCAAAAAGAAGCAAUUGGAAGAAGAAAAGCGGCAAGAGGCUCUUGCCAGGAAGAAGGAGCGGGAAGCCAUGCUUGCCGCGGAAGAAAAGGAGCUGGCAUCGAUAAAGGCGCCUGUCAAGGGAUCUGCAAAGAAGGCUGCUCAGCGAUCAGAACGUGUUGAGCAAUAUGCUGCAGAUGCUCGAGCGGAUAUUCCAGAAUAUGCUGCUAGUGGCAUAGAUGCCGCUCUUGAUCUGAUGGAUGUCGCAGCGACGGGAGCCAAGGGAAAGUCCUCGGAUAAAAUAGAAAGGCAUCCAGAAAAAAGGAUGAAGAGUGCUUGGGCCGCAUUCGAGGAGAGGGAGAUGCCUAUCCUAAAGGCAGAGCAACCGGGUCUGCGACUAUCGCAGUACAAACAAGUUCUUCAGAAAAAAUGGAAAAAAUCGCCCGAAAAUCCAAUGAAUCAACAAACUAUAUCAUAUGAUGCCGCCCGGCAGGAAGAACGCGAAAUAAUUGCACAGACGGCCGAAAAGACUUUAGAAUCAAUGCGCGUUAAAUGAACGUGAAUUGAUGCAUCAUAUUCAAAUCCCAGCAUUGACAUCACUAUCUUUGACUAGUCGUAAAUAACCCAGCUUUUGGAGCUAGUAAAAAUAACAUAUGUAGAUAUUAAGGGUCACCGUAUCGCUGAGGCAUCCGCGAAUACGCAACAUUGUACAACGGAUCUACGUUGGCGAGGAACGCAUCGAUUUGAUGAAUUUCAACGACUAUGAACCCCUAAAGUCCUUAGUUCUCUCAUGUAGUUAGAGCUUGUGAGAAAAAUAGCGGUGCAGCAUCAAGAAUUGUGCUAAUUGGAUGUUGAAGAGGUUCAUCCAACCACAGGUUAAACACUAAACUUUUGAUUGAGUAGCUUACGUAAUGCAUCUGGCCAGUUUCUCCGUCUCUUUCGUCUUUCUGUUUACGGGCUUUUGCC